CCCAAAGAAGCAAACAUUUUGUUAACAAAAACUACCCCAAUCCUGAUACUCCGGAUUACUCAAGACCAGCAUGUUCUGAACAUCUUGUUCUCAAUCUCUAACUAGUAAGAACAAUGUCCAUGGCCUUGUUUUCAUCUCCUCCAACCCACCUCCCCACUAUCUCUCCACAGCCGCCUGCAAAAACCCUAUUCACCCACAAGGCUUAUCUAUCUCUGAGAACCCAAAACCGGCUCUUGUUGGUGUCCACUAGAGCCACUGAUAGUGGGUCUGGUGUGGCGGGCUCUACUGUAGUGGUGGAGGAGGAGAAGCUUCAGCAGAAGGUUUCUGAAGCACCUGUUUCCGGUUCAGAUCCUAAAUCGGAGUCACUUGAGGACUCUUUGGGCUCCAAUGGGUCACCGGCGGCCACCGGUGCUCAAGAGGCGAAAUUCGUCACUAAAUUUGAGGACCCUAGAUGGGUUGGAGGCACUUGGGAUUUGACGCAAUUUCAGAAAGAUGGCAAGACCAAUUGGGAUGCUGUUAUUGAUGCUGAGGUUAAGAGAAGGAAAUGGCUCGAAGAUGUCCCAGAAUCAUCCAGUAACGAUGACCCUGUAGUUUUUGACACCUCUAUUAUACCUUGGUGGGCAUGGGUUAAAAGGUUCCAUCUUCCUGAAGCUGAACGGCUAAAUGGCCGUGCUGCAAUGAUAGGGUUUUUUAUGGCUUACUUUGUGGAUAGCUUGACUGGGGUUGGCCUUGUCGACCAAAUGGGCAACUUUUUUUGCAAAACUUUGUUAUUUGUAUCUGUUGUUGGUGUACUGCUGAUCCGAAAGAAUGAGGAUAUAGAAAACCUUAAAAGGUUAGUGGACGAGACAACGUUCUAUGACAAGCAGUGGCAAGCAACUUGGCAGGAUGAGACUCCUAGCAGUUCCAAGAAAAAUUAGACAAAUUGCAGUUCUAAAGUUUUUCCUCCUAACUUUCUUGUUCUGUACUUGAGCAAAUUGUAUCACUGUUAUUUCUCUGAUAGAGGAGGGUGAUGAAUUGAAUUUCUAUCCUCCUUUUUUGUUCUAGGUCUUCGUGAUCAUCUUUGUAUGCUCUGUUUUUGACAAGAUCAUCUUGAUUUGGUGUAUGUGUUCUUUGUUAAUGGAAUUUGGAACACAAAGGAUGACACGGAUCUGAAAAUCGAAAUAUUGCCUUUUAC